AUGGCCUCUCAAAACUGCAACUCUUGCUCCAAGACUGUCUACCCAACUGAACGUAUCGAUGCUGCUGGCAGCCAAUAUCACAAGGCAGGUCAAACGUUUCUCUGUUCUUUGAAUGAACCCUUGGGCUGCUUCAAAUGUCACGAAGAAACCUGCAAAAUCCAAUUGUCCUUGAAGACAUUCAAGGCUGCUGAAGGCCAGGUUUGGUGUGAAAAGCACCUACCAAAACCAAAGGCCACUGCCAUUGCUGACUCGGUCUCUGUCAUGCAUGCUAUGCACGCACCAAAGAAGGUCACCGAAGGUCUCCAUACCAUCAAGGUUGGUACCGGUGAAGUACCUAGCUACGGUUUGGACACUGUCUCUAACCAACAUGCUUUGAACGCACCCAAGAAGCCAAUUGAGAACCUCGGUAACGUCCAAAAGGGUGACUAUUCCAAGGAACAAUCUGGAGUUGCCUCCCAAUAA